AUGGAAAAUGCACCGAAAAGAGAGGCGAGUAUGGGUGUGGGUCAAAUGUUGGGGUUACGGUCGGAUCCCACAGACUGCACAUGGUCUGGUCGUUGGAUGGGAGCCAAUACCGCCCACAAUAUUUAUUGCCGUUAUGACAACAUUGGACAAUGCGGUUCAAUCGACUGUUCAAUUAACCACUUUACACUGAAGGCACAAAACUCCUCCGAUAUUUACGGCGACCGAUGUGAUCGGGUAGAUCUGUUCGGUCUUCGAGGAAAAGCCACCUGUGGCUACAUAGCGUGGUUCAACGAUAAAGACGAAAUUGUAAAUAGUUGGUAUAAGACCAGGUGA